AUGGCUCCUUCGAAUCCACCUCGUAAGAUUUUGAUGGUCGUUACUGUGGGCGGCUACACUCACGCUGCCCCGGUAUUGGAGUUGGGAAAGGUUCUUGCUCAGAGAGGCCACGUUGUUGACUUUGCGACUCUUGAAGGUCAAGAGUCAUGGACCAAAGGCUACGAGUACAUCAGCCAGCUUCAUCUCAUGGGUCCCGGCCCUUCACAUGAAGAUCUCGAAGCUCAUUAUCUCCGCAUGCGAGAAUGGGACGCUUCGAAGGGCUUUGCUGGUGUCAUGGACUCCAAGUACCUGUUUGAUUGGUACUGGACUCAAACGUAUCAGCAUUUGAAGCAAAUUGUUGAUGAUCCUGCUACAAGGCCUGAUAUGAUGGUCGCUGACUUUUUCGUCGACGCUGUCAAGGAUAUUCUGUAUCAGUACAAUAUCCCCAUGGCUAUGGUGUAUCCUCAGAUGCCAGCUCUAAUGUGCCCUUGCUCUUACAUACCUGGUCAGCCAGGCUUUCAAAUUGAAGGGACGUUAACUUCUGAGAACGCUUCAAUGUGGCUGCGUUUCCGGAAUGAGCUUGUCAUUUACAAAGCAUUGCCUUCUAUCAUUCGAUGGGUCAAGUGGACCAAGAAGAUGAGACAGGACGCGGGAGUCGACUACAAGCUGCCUACUCCAAGCAAGCCCAAUUAUCUGGUCUUGAUCAAUUCGUUCUUUGGUUUGGAGGUGCCAAAGGAUAUUCCACCGCUGGUUCAAGCAGUUGGUCCUAUCCUCGCUGAUACUUACCCGCCCCUCUCAGAGCCGUAUGAGUCUUUCUUGGAGAAGCAUAAGAAAACUUUAUACUUGGCUCUUGGUACCCAUAUCAUCUUAUCCAACGAUCAUGCUGCAAAGCUCACUCAAGGGCUCGUCGCUGCGAUGGAUCAGGGUCUCAUUGAUGGAGUCAUCUGGUCCAUCUCCGAGGCUGCACGUCGAGAUAUUGAUGCUAGUCAUCAAUUCACUGACAAUGGCGGCAAAUCUUUUACCUUUGCAUCCUUGUUCAAGGGCGAACACUCAUCAUUCCUCAUCACAACCUUUGCCCCUCAACGUGCCAUCCUGGACCAUGAUCACGCAGCCAUAUACCUGACCCACGGUGGUGGCUCCAGCGCCAACGAGGGUCUGUACCAUGGGAAGCCAAUGCUGGCCAUGGGCUUCUUCUUCGAUCAGAUUUCCAACGUUCCUCGCCUGGUCGCAAGUGGAACCUCUGAAGCCCUUGACAAAUUUCGCUUCACCCCAGAAGAAGUCUGCCAGAAGAUCAAGUUACUGUCUGAGGAUAAGAACGGUUCAUACCGGCGUAACUGCGUUCGCAUGCAGCGCAUCGCCCGAGCCGCGUCCCGUCGCAAGGAACUUGGUGCGGAUCUUAUUGAAGAAGUCAUGUAUGAUACAGAAGGACGGUUUGAUGGCAAGAAGGAACUGCGACCGAUGCACCUGCAAACGGCUGAUAUGCGCAUGUCAAAGUUCAAGGCUAAGAACUGGGAUCUAUGGCUUGUUGGAUUGUUCACUCUUGGCCUUGUACCUUUGGCUUCUUUCACUAUUGGGAAAUGGGCUUGGACAGAGAAGAGAGCUAUUGGUGAUUGGGCUGGGGAAACUGUGAAGAAGUGGAUGGGUUGA